CUACUCUAUAUUAACAAUAGUUUUUUCUCUUGCCAAUCUCAAAUUUUCACCGGUUCCAAGGUUAGUUAUUAGGAAUCGUUUAUGUGAUUGUUAUCCAUUUGCUUCAACAUUAUUUGUACAUAAAAUAAUCCAGCGAAUAAACCUGAGAAAGCCCAAAUAGGUGAUGGCACCUUAGGACCAUAGAGCUUCCAGGUAACGCGGGUCAUGACAGCGCAACAAAUUUGAUAAGCUAAUGCAAAUAACUAAGGACUAUAAAGAUAGCGCAACCCGGUAUGCAGAGGUUCAUGUUUUGGAAAAGUCGAAGAAAUCCAGUGACUCUUCUAGUCUACGCAGAGGCGAAGCGACUGGGGUUAUUUUUUGGUGGCGAUUUUUCGUGAUGAAUAAAGUACCAGUGAAAAAAUUUUACAAUCAAAUGGAAAUUCCCGUUCUUGGACUAGGAACUUGGAAAUCUAAACCCGGUGAAGUGACUCAAGCCGUUAAGGAUGCAAUCGAUAUCGGGUAUCGCCACAUCGAUGGCGCUUUUAUCUACCGCAACGAAGCGGAAGUUGGCGAAGCCGUGCAAGCUAAAAUUAAAGAAGGAGUCAUCAAACGACAGGACAUAUUCCUCACGAGCAAACUUUGGAACACUUUCCAUAGGCCAGAGGCUGUUGAACCUGCAAUAAGGACUACUUUGAAGAAUUUGGGUGUUGAUUAUGUCGAUCUGUACUUGAUACAUUGGCCAAUACCUUACAAAGAGGGUAAGGAACUUCAACCUACCGGCGUCAAUGGCGAAAUACUGUUCAGCGAUUACGACUACGUCGAUACUUGGAAAGCCAUGGAAAAGUUGUAUGAAAAGGGAUUAGCAAAGAACAUUGGUGUCAGCAAUUUUAACGAAGAACAAUUGGAGCGCGUGUUAAAGGAGGGAAAGAUCAAGCCUGUCACGAAUCAAGUCGAAUGUCAUCCGUAUUUGACCCAGAUAAAAUUGUCCGAGUAUUGCAAAUCAAAGGGCAUUACCAUAACCGCAUAUUGCCCGCUAGGAUGCCCGGACAGACCGUGGGGAAAACCUGAGGAUCCGAAGCUUUUAGAUGAUCUAAAGAUUACAAGCAUCGCUAAGAAGUACAAGAAGAGUCCCGCUCAAGUUGUGCUCCGUUAUCAGGUUCAACGUGGGCAUAUCGUCAUCCCAAAGUCAGUGAACAAAUCUCGCAUCCAAGAGAAUUUCAACAUCUUUAAUUUUGAACUUUCCGAAGAGGACAUUGAGCUAAUCAACUCGUUCGAUUGCGGUGGAAGAAUUUGUGCAUUGCGAGAGUGUAACGAGAGCCCAUACUACCCGUUCAAGAAUUAAUAUUGGCGAUCGAAGUAACCGGUGCUUGAGUUUUAACAAUCGCGCCACGUGACAGCCGGCAUACAACUAGUAACUCUAAUCAGGAUCAUCUCUGAAGCAAAUCCUAUUUAUUCAGACCUAAAUACCCAUAGCAUGUCAACUAGUAGUAAUCAUGGUAUAUUGUGAAAAAAAAAUCCACGUGUGCCACAUUUUAACCAUAGAUUAAAUAAAACGGU